AUGAUCCCAGCUUCCAACAAGGCCUUCGUGGUCAACAACCUGGUGUCAGGGACUGGCUACGACCUGUGCGUGCUGGCCAUGUGGGACGACACUGCCACGACGCUCACGGCCACCAACAUCGUGGGCUGUGCCCAGUUCUUCACCAAGGCCGACUACCCACAGUGCCAGUCGAUGCACAGCCAGCUCCUGGGCGGCACCAUGAUCCUGGUCAUCGGUGGCAUCAUCGUGGCAACGCUGCUGGUCUUCAUCGUCAUCCUCAUGGUGCGCUACAAGGUCUGCAAUCAAGAGGCCCCCGGCAAGAUGGCGGCCACCCCUGCGGUCAGCAACGUGCACUCGCAGACCAAUGGGGCCCAGCUGCCUGCUCUGGGCAGCACGCCCAGCGGGGCCCCCGUGCAGGGGCCGCCCAAGGUGGUGGUGCGCAACGAGCUGGUCCAGUUCAGUGCCAGCCUGGCCCGAGGCAGCGACUCCUCUUCCUCCAGCUCCCUGGGCAGCGGGGAGGCCGCGGGGCUGGGACAUGGCCCCUGGAGGCUCCCGCCCCCUGUCCCCCGCCCCAAGCCCAACCUUGACCGCCUGAUGGGGGCCUUUGCCUCCCUGGACCUCAAGAGUCAGAGAAAGGAAGAGCUGCUGGACUCCAGGACUCCAGGCGGGAGAGGGUCUGGGACAUCGGCCAGGGGCCACCACUCGGACCGAGAGCCACUGCUGGGGCCACCCACGGCCCGGGCCAGGAGCCUGCUCCCCUUGCCCCUGGAGGGCAAGGCCAAACGCAGCCACUCCUUUGACAUGGGGGACUUUGCGGCUGCAGCUGCGGCAGCGGAAGUGGUCGCCUCAGGUGGCUACAGCCCCCCUCGGAGGGUCUCGAACAUCUGGACAAAACGCAGCCUCUCUGUCAACGGCAUGCUCUUGCCCUUUGAGGAGAGUGACCUGGUGGGGGCCCGGGGGACUUUUGGCAGCUCCGAGUGGGUGAUGGAGAGCACGGUGUAGGCCUGGGGGUGGGUGUCCUCCCUCCCCACUUGCAGGGUGGAAGAAGGGGAAAGAAUCUUGAUGGGAGUCUUUGUGGAGUUUCCAUGGUGAUGUUUACAUCCAGGGCAGUUUCUUCUCUGUCAACGGCC